AUGGUUAACUAUAGAAGCAUCGAUAGUGCUACCGUUGAUAGGGUAGUGAUAAAUGAACGUGUCGGUGUUAGCGUUAGUAGAAACUUUGGCACGCAAUUGAUUGAAAAGGGUGGUUUUGAUAAUAUGACGUUCAACAAAAAAGAUUUGAGGAACGCCAUAGCUGUUGAACGUCGUAAAACCAUGUUUGAGAAAGGGGAUGCUGUUGCACUUGAAGAGUAUUUUAAAGCGCAACGAGAUCUGAAUGGCGAUUUCUAUAGUUCUAUAGAACGAGAUGAAGAGGGUAUUUUAAAGAACGCAUUCUGGUCCGACGCGCGUAGUAGAGGAAGUUGCAAAUAUUUCGGGGAUGGAAGUGUUAUUGAAAUUGAAGUAAUUGUGCAUGUGGUAUCGUAUGCCAUUUGCCCCGUUGUUGGCGUCAACCACCAUGGGAGGUCAAUUGUUUUUGCUGGCGCUUUAAUCUCACACGAAGACACUCCGAGUUUUGUUUGGGUCUUUGAGGAAUGGCUUAAGUGCAUGGGAAAGCCUCCUGAGGGAGUUAUAACCGAUCAGGACAAGGCAAUAGGUAGAGCGAUAAGCAUAGUUUUCCCCGGAGCUCCUCACAGGCUUUGUUUGUGGCACAUGCUACAAAAUGCCUCUCGCAAUCUCGGCAAGCUCGAUGAAUGGAAAAGCAUCGACACGCUGAUUAGAACCACCGUUCAUGACAUGCUCGAUCCCGAUGAGUUUGAUGAGGCUUGGUGUCUUGUGAUGGACAAAUAUAAUCAACGUAAGGGUUGGAUGCUGGAUGCGUAUGAUAAACGCCAGCAAUGGGCACCAGCUUACAAUAGAGGUAUAUUUUGGGCUGGAAUGUCCUCUACGCAACGAAGUGAAGGUAUGAAUCGCACAUUCAAAAUUCAUGUAAACUUAGAUUGUGGAUUAACGCAGUUUAUUAAAAACUACGAGUUCUGUAUGAAGAUAAAGGCAGAGGAAGAGUCGAAGGAUAAUCUUGAUAGUAUAGAUAAGCCUCCUAGACUUGAUGUGGACAAGAGUGUGUUAGCUGAGUAUGUGUUGCAUAAGGUAUACACCAAUGAGAUGUUUGCUGUGGUUGUGAAUGAGCGGAAAGGUUUAACCCACACGAACGUAACCAAAACCAAUGCAUUAGGGUCACUUGUAUUGUAUAGAGCUGAUGAGAAACUGACCUCCCCUCAUUGGAGGAAAAGGUUCAAAAGUUACGUUGUUAAAGUAGAUAAGGUAAAGGGGGAACUCAGUUGCUCAUGUCAGUUGUUUGAAUUUAGGGGUAUUUUAUGUAGGCACAUACUCAAAGCAAUGGAUGUGGAGGAUUUCCAAUUUAUACCGGAGAAAUAUAUACUAGAUAGAUGGAUGAAGCAAGUUAGGUCGUAUGAGAGUGUUAGGGUUUCAUACUAUGGUCCUGAAGAAACCGCAAUGUUAGCCAAAGCUAAAGAGCUUUCCCAAAGGCAUAACUAUUUGAAAGAAUUAGCCAUGCGCAAUGAAGCUGCAUACAAGUUAUAUACAGAAGGCACUGAUAGUCUUAGGCUGAAAAUGGAGGAUGCAGUCGGUAUAAGAAAGACUGGUGAAGGAGGUGAUCAGUGUAUUUGUUGGUGGGAUCCCGAAGCACGUAACGUAUUUGGUCGUCGUAGGCUACGACCGAGGGAGUGUAAUGAACGUUCCCUAAAGAGGGCAUCUCAACCUGCUGAGGAUGGUGCCAUUAAAACCCCCAUUGAUAAGAGGCAUGUUGGGCGGUCUAAGAAAGGACCGUAUUCAAUCUACGACAAAUCAAAGAAGAACCAAGCAUGUAAUCACGCUGAGAUUGCAGCGAACGAGGAACUCAUAAGGUCUACUUAUGGCCAUAUUCCUAGCUACCGAGCUAGGCAGGAGCAUGCGAACAACGUUCAGGAUGCACGUUUACAUUCCUCAUCCGUUGGACCUGUUUUUUAA